AAUAAAAAAACACAUAAAAAAGCCUCUCGAUUACAUUACGGCAUAGCCGACGAAGUUAGUUUGUCAAGUCACGAUUGACAACUAUUAUUAUGGUCGGAAAAAUUAAAACCCGGAGCAAUUCGCAGCGUUAGUGGAAAGUGCAGAAGCUGAUCAACUUAUUUGUGGUGAAUUCGUCCCGAGGUGUGUGAUGUUUGUUGGUGAGUGAAGUGGGCGAUAAGAAGGCAACCCCUCUAGCACAGAAUGUGCUGCAGCCAGUGAGCAUUCGGCAGAAGUGUGGUGGAUCGAAGAAAGUGAUAAGAAAGAUCUGUGAGAUGUAAAGCACACGCAUUUGUGCGCUAGUGGUUUUGCGGUUCAGCUCUGAAAACAUACGAGGCAACAACAGCACACGGAGCCCGAAACCCCAACCGGCUUCGGUUCUUUUUCCUGUGCAGCAACCCUUCCUGCUAACCAUCCUUGCUAUCAGUUAUUGGUAUCAGCAUCUGCGCGAGGUACGUUACCAGCCCGCCCUGCCGACGAAGCCAUUCCCAAAAGUGUGCGCUGAAGGUUGCCAUUCCGUGUUCUGUGUGUGCGUGCGUGUGAUUGUUACAUACUAGUGUAUGUGUGUGGGCAUUUUAGGUUGGUCGGGUUGUUGCCAUAUCCUGCCUCAAAACGGAUCAUCCUCGCAAACGGGGCAGCCCUCCUUCAUCGGUCACCGACGAGUCCUCGUCCUCGUUACUCUUGUCAGCGUCUGCCGGGGGCCGUGGGGGAGGAGGUGGUAGUGGAGGAGGAGCUGGUGGUGGAGGUGGCGCAAGUGGAGCUGUUGGUAAAGCAAGUGGCAGUGGUGCCGGUACUUCGGGCGGUGCGGCAGGAGCGGCAGUUGCAGAAGGUGGUGCCAGAAGCAAAGGCAGAAAGGGCAGUGUAGUCGGUGGAGGAGGAGGAGGCGGUGGUGCUGGUGGUGGUGGUGCUGGUGGCGGAAGUGUUGGUGGCGGUGACGCAGAUCGGAGCAGUGGUGGCGGUAGUUCGGCGGCCAGUCAUCGGCAUCAAUCCGGAUACCCUCGUCAUCUGCAGCAAACGUCAACGGCGGGCAUAAACCCGACAACGGCAACGACCACGACUACGACGGGCUCAUCAUAUGAGAAGACCAAUAACAUGGCUUCAUCAAAUCACCGCGGCAUACAGAUUGGUUCCGCCUGGUUUCAACGCAAGAUCAACCUUCGGCCACAACACCGUGGCAUUCAUUUGGUGACGGAGGAGAUCCUACGGCAGAUGCCAGAGCUGGGUCAAUUUUCUGUUGGAUUAUGUCACGUUCAAAUCCUGCAUACAUCUGCUAGUUUAGCAUUAAAUGAAAGCUGGGAUCCAGAUGUACGGGAUGAUAUGGAAAUGAUGUUGAACAAAAUAGUGCCCGAAGGCCUACAGUACAGGCAUUCAUGCGAAGGUCCAGAUGAUAUGCCUGCUCACGUAAAAGCCUGCUUCCUUGGAAGUUCACUGACAAUCCCAAUCACCGACGGCAAAUUGUCACUCGGUACGUGGCAGGGUGUUUGGCUGUGCGAACAUCGGGACCACGCAGGCUCCCGGAAGCUGGUGAUAACGCUCUCCGGUUGUCCGCGGGAUUCGGCCCGAAGUCCCCUUUCGCCCGUGUCACCAAUUGCCUCUACCUCCAGUUAGGGACGGCCGCGCUCUGCUCGCGAUAGUCGGUAAUCGUGGGUUAGAGCGGCUUUCUGCUGUAAGGUCAACAAUUGUGCAACUGCAACAACAACAACAACAACAACAACAACAGCAUCAACAGCAAUUUUAACCAAAACAACAACAGCAACCACAACAAGAAAUACUACUAAUGCUACCAGUAAUGCUACUACUACUACUACCAUUAUUAAACUAAAUAAUAAUGCUACUUACGACACUACUUUUACUACUACUACUACUAUCACUACUUCUAAAACUAUAACGGUAACAAAUUGUAAUGAUUGCGAAUCUGUUUGAAAGCUGUUGAAACGAGCAAGCAAUUCCGGAGCGAAGGUUAAACGAGCAACAACACGUAACAGCUAACACGGUAUUUAACACAAAUUGCAAGAAAAAAAAAACUAAACACAACAUCAAACACCUUUGCUAAUCGCUUUUCGUGGAAGAUAAGCGGAAGGCAACAGCAUGAA